AAUUACUACUACGACAAAAUAAACUGACCCACAUAAUGACACUUAUUUUGAAUGACGAUUGUAAUCCAUUAAGUCAAUUAUAGUUCAUUGGAAAUGAAGUUUCUGUAACUUUUUCCUGGUUGAUCAGUUAAAAUUAUGUCAUCAACUCAACUUUGGAGUUGCUUUUGAUUGACACAUAUAUCCUCAAACACGCACAAUAAUAUAGAAUAUGUCAGAUAAAACUGAAAUAAGGAAGUUUAUCCGAGUUGAACCAAGUAUAUCAUCCUUAUAAUAUCAAAUUCAAGUUGUUAUUGCUAUCAGUGAACUAUAAUAAUUGUUAUAAUAGAUGGAUGAAGGAGAAUAAUAUCAAGUGCUGUAUAAAGCCUAGCCUAUAUAUUAUCGGGUUUGUACCUAUCAUUUGAGGCAUAUGAGUUUGUGAUUGUCAAGUAACGAUUGAAGCCCCCUGUUUUCAUACUGUAUAAUGAGAGUACUAAUUCACCUUUUGUCAGGCCUAUUCCCAGUGAGUCUACAGUUUUUGGUGUAGAAGUCUUCAGUCUUGAUAAAAAUUCCCGCAUUCAUUGCUCGUCUCUCCUCAGUUCUAGAACAUUAACCGGUUAUAAUUUUUAUCUAUUAAAAAGAAAACUCUCUUGUAGUUCUGUAAUUGGAACAGUUAUCUUUAUUGACUGUUCAAAAUAGCAUACAACAUGGGUUUUAUUACUAAAAUGGACUCUCAUUGUCUACUGAUUGUUAUCUGCCUAGAGAUAAUGACCAUGGUCAUCGUCUCACAUGCUUGCCAGAAUGGUAGAAUCUAUGAUAACAAAGUGACAGGAAAUGACAUUCAGACAAUUGUCAAUACCCACAAUAAUCUGAGAGCGAUGGUUGCUCGUGGUCAGCUCAGGAAUCAGCCACCAGCUCAAAAUAUGCAGCAAAUGACUUGGGAUAGCCAACUAGCUCAGAGAGCUCAGUACUGGGCGAAUCAAUGCGUUUAUGCUCAUGAUAAAAAUAGGGGAAAUGAUGUUGGACAAAAUAUUGCACAAGAAUAUUUCAGUGGGCAUUCUAAUCGUCAGCAUAACUUUACUAAAGUUAUAUAUGACUUAUGGUUCAGUGAACACGUUCGCUAUAGAUAUAAAAAGCUUGGACCGGGAGAUUCCAGUGAUCCUGCAACUGCUACUGGCCAUUACACUCAGAUCGUAUGGGCUAACACUAAUAGAGUUGGAUGUGGAUUUGCCAGUUACUAUCAAACUCAAAAAAGACAAGAUCAGAUAUUCUAUGUUUGCAAUUAUGCACCAUCGGGCAACUUUAUAGGACAGUAUCCGUACAUAUCAGGAGACCCCAAUUGCAGAGCAAACGGAUUGUCAAAUAGCAAUAUCAAUGGUCUUUGUAGACGUUAAUCGAAUUACAUUACAUGUAAUG